AUGGACGACACCCAGUUUUAUCCCCAAAUAGUCCUGCCACGCAAACUGCAGUCCGAUGUUUUGCGCCAGAUGCACGAGGGGCCGGUUGGCGGACAUUUCGGUGUUGAGUGCACUGUGGCCAGACUUCAAAGCCGAUUCUACUGGUAUCACAUGAGAGAAGACGUGGCCCUCUGGUGCCGUACAUGUACAGACUGUGCCUGUAGGGUCGGACCCAAAAAGACACCGCGAGCUGCCAUGGGAACUGUCAGAGUUGGUGCCCCCAUGGAGCGCAUUGCACUAGACAUUAUGGGCCCACUCAAUGAAACCGAUCGCAAAAACGACUAA